AUGUCACCGUGUGGAUUGUUUCGACCACAACAAAAUAUAGCCAAUAUUGGUGGUAGACCGACUGGAAAAUGGCCAUUCGCGGGCUGCCAGCCAACACCCCCGGGCCCCUCACAGGCCCCCGGGCCUCUAGCCUGUGUGCAAUGUGGUGGCGAACAUGCGGCGCACGCCUGUCCUCGCCCCAAAGACCAACCACCAACCUGGGCAAAUUGCAAAGGCCCCUACCCUGCAAGCAGCGCUGAGUGCCCCGCCUACAAACGCGAAGCCCGCAACAAGAAGGUGGGCCUGAUCCUAAAAACAGGCCCACCCAAUACAAUCGCACACCCCAACACCGUCGACGACUCGGCCCUAGCCAAACUAAUGGCUGAAGCCAACGCAGUCCCCUCCACAACUAAGGCUGGAGAGGAGGAGACCAAGAAAGACCCGGAAAGGGACCAGCGCGUGAGAGCAGGCGAAAUAAACACCAGUGGACUACUGCAAUCUCUCCCCUCCAAUGGAUAG